CAUUAUUCUCGAACAAAAAGAUCGAGAAAAAUAGAGAAGAGACGAAGAAGGCGGAGGAGGUGAGGAAGAGAGAAGACCUCAGCGAAGUCACAGAGUAGGUGGACGUGUGGGAGUGCUAAGCGGAGAGAGAGGGGCACAUGGCAACCAUCAAGAGCCUCCGAAAGGCUUACGGCGCUCUCAAGGACUCCACUACCGUCGGGCUCGCCAAUCUCAAUAGCGAUUUUAGGGAUUUGGAUGUUGCCAUCGUGAAAGCCACGAAUCACGUCGAGCGCCCGCCCAAGGAGAGGCAUAUCAGGAAGAUCUUGGCGGCUACCUCGAUCACUCGCCCGCGUGCUGAUGUCGCUUAUUGUAUACAUGCUCUCGCUCGACGCUUGGGAAAGACUCAUAAUUGGACGGUAGCAUUGAAAACACUAAUAGUCAUUCACAGGACCCUAAGGGAGGGUGAUCCUACAUUUCGCGAAGAGCUUCUAAAUUUCUCUCAGAGGGGGCGUAUUCUUCAAUUGUCAAACUUUAAGGAUGAUUCUAGCCCGAUUGCAUGGGAUUGCUCAGCAUGGGUUCGCACUUAUGCUUUGUUUUUGGAGGAAAGAUUGGAGAGUUUCAGAGUUUUGAAGUAUGAUGUCGAAGCUGAGCGAUUGGCAAAGCCCAAUCAAGGCACUGAAAAGGGCCACAGUAGAACAAGGGAACUGGAUUCUGAGGAAUUGUUAGAGCAGUUGCCUGCUUUACAGCGAUUACUAUUUCGUCUUAUUGGAUGCCAUCCAGAAGGAGGUGCAAUUAGCAAUUAUGUAAUACAAUAUGCUUUAGCUUUGGUAUUGAAAGAAAGCUUUAAAAUUUAUUGUGCUAUUAAUGAUGGCAUCAUCAACCUUGUAGACAAGUUCUUUGAGAUGCCAAGACAUGAGGCCAUCAAGGCGCUUGAAAUAUACAAAGGGGCCGGCCAACAGGCUGGGAGCCUUUCUGAUUUUUAUGAAGUUUGCCGAGGAUUAGAACUAGCUAGGAAUUUUCAGUUCCCUAAUUUAAGAGAGCCUCCACAAUCAUUUCUUGCAACGAUGGAAGAAUAUAUAAGAGAAGCUCCUCGAAUGGUUUCCACGCUUAAAGAACCACUGGAUUUCCCAGAAAGGCUCCUUUUGACUUACAAACCAGAAGAAGUUACUGAAUCUGCUGAGAUUGCAGAACCAUCCAUUGAGGAGCCCAAGGCGAUGUCUUCUGAUAUUGAAGUUGCAUCUCCGAUUCCUGUGGCUGAUCCUAUUCCUAGGGCUGAAACUGAUGAUCUACUGGGAUUGAAUAGCUCAGUUCCUGAUGCAUCAGAAAUUGAGGAAAGCAAUGCAUUAGCUCUUGCAAUAAUUCCAUCUGUCUCAGAUGGUUCUACAAAUUUGAAUGGUUCUGGUACGAUGCAAAACAAGGAAUUUGAUCCAUCAGGAUGGGAACUUGCUCUAGUUACGCCAAGCAGCAGUGACCCACCACCUGUUGAAAGCAAAUUGGCAGGGGGAUUCGACAAACUUACAUUGGACAGUCUAUAUGAUGAUGCCGCUUAUAGACAGCAGAACAAUUACUAUGGAACAACAGCUCCAAACCCUUUCCUUGCACCUGAUCCGUUUGCUAUGUCAAACCAAAUUGCCGCCCCACCUGCUGUUCAAAUGGCUGCUAUGGCUCAGCAGCAGCAGCAACAACAACAACAACAACAAUGGUCCAUGAUGCCGCAGCCAAAUCCCUUUAUGCAGCCCAUGCAUCAUCCGGCACCAAUCACCCCAAUAGCAUCUAAUCCCUUUGGUGAUACGGGACUCGGAACAUUUGGUGCUUACAAUCCUCAUCAACAAACAAAUCCUUUCGGAAAUCCUCAACUUCUGUAACUUAGUUGUGCUUCAUAUACAAUUUUUCAGUGUCAUUUGUGGAGCAUGUUUGCACUCCCAUCAUGGCUGUGAUUUCUUAUAUGAGGUUAUAUCAAUGUAUAUGGACUUAAGUUACGGUACAAAUUUGUAGUGCAUGGUUUUUGUAUGCUGUGGUAGCAGUCCACAGGCACUGUGAAAAAGCAAUAUUAAAUACCCAUUCAGUUGUUCUGCUUGUGAUUUUAAUUA